AUGGCGAAUCUAAGGUCGUUGUGGUCUUCAGUAUCAAAAAUAAAUUUUUUUGGAGCACGUUGUACUGUUUUACAAGUGAGACAUAAAGCAGAUAUACCAGAACCUAAUUUUGUAAAAGCUAAGCCACCAGUACCAACACCAAAAGUUGGAGCAGCUGGAAUUUAUGACUACGACAAGUGGGUGAAUGCCUGGAUGAAAAGAGACGUAAAAAGACGUCGUGCUGUUGAACAAUAUGCUCCAGUGCGUGCUCGUUUAAUAGCUAUCAAAAGAUGUACCUUCUUACCUAAAGAAAUUACAGAAAUUGCUGACAGACAAAUGAUAGAAGAUAUACCAAGAGUAUCAUCUACACGUCAGUUGACUAAGAGAUGCGCGGUAACGUCUCGUGGUCGUGGUAAUCUUCCUCGGUGGAGACUCUCAAGAUUUGUCUUCAGGCACAUGGUUGAUUAUAAUAAAAUUGCCGGUCUCCAGCGAGCUAUGUGGUAG